CGAUUUGUUGUUACUGUUUCUCCUUUUCAUGGUUGGUCGGGUUGUGGUCCAUCGAAUACUCGUCAAUCCGUAAUUUGUCCGUCUCUCUAAACCGGAAGUGGGCAAGCAAUUGUGUCCAUUGCAGUUUGUUAGUUUUGUUUAGUGGUUAAAGUUUUUCAUGUGCAUUUGGGAUUGGAGAAACAUCUGUGAAACCAAGUAUUUGUAAAAGCUUUAUUCAAGGGAACUUUAGAAUUGCUCCAGCUAUGUGGAAAUCGACAGCCGGUCGUGAUAUUGAUGUUAGUUUGGCCCCUGAUGGUGACGAUGAUUGGGAAACCGAUCCAGAUUUCGUGAACGACGUCAAUGAGCAGGAACAGCGAUGGGGUUCCAAGACGGUUGAGGGCUCCGGUCGGAGUGCGGGAGCCAUUGAUAUGCAACAGUUGAGGCAGGAAACGGAAAAAGCUGACCAGGACAAGAAACUCAAAGAUGGUCCGAAGUCAUCGCACGGCUAUGGUGGCAAAUUUGGACUUGAAAAAGACCGUAUGGAUAAAUCUGCCGUUGGUCAUGAUCAUUUAGAGAAAGUCGAAAAACAUGCAUCGCAGAAAGAUUACUCGACCGGAUUCGGUGGAAAGUUUGGGGUACAAUCGGACAGGAUUGACAAAUGUGCCGCUGGGUGGGAGCACAAAGAAAAGGUUGAAAAACAUAGUUCUCAAAAGGACUAUGCCACGGGUUUCGGAGGCAAAUUUGGAGUCCAAGCUGAUCGAGUUGAUAAAUCUGCCGUAGGUUGGGACCACGUUGAAAAGGUGGAGAAGCAUGACUCGCAGAAGGACUACAGCAAAGGAUUUGGAGGAAAGUUUGGAGUUCAAGCCGAUCGACAGGACAAAUCCGCCGUUGGAUGGGAUCAUGUAGAGACAACCGAGAAGCACGAGAGUCAACUCGAUCACAAAGUGGGAUUCGGAGGAAAGUUUGGUGUGCAAACCGACCGCAAGGACAAAUCGGCUCACGGCUGGGACCACGUCGAAAGAGCCGAACUUCACGAAAGCCAAGUCGAUCAUAAGAUAGGAUUCGGUGGCAAGUUCGGGGUCCAGAACGACCGCAUGGACAAGUCAGCUCUCGGGUUUAAAGAGCAGGACAAAGUGGGAACCAACUAUACGAAAACCAAACCGGACAUUGGAUCCGCCAAGCCAUCUAACAUUCGAGCACGGUUUGAAAACUUUGCGCUUGUCGCUGAGGAAGAGGAUCGCAAGAAGGCUGAAGAACAAAAACGAAAACGCGAAGAGAAGGACAAAAAAGAUCGUGAAGAGGCAGCGAAGCGAGUGAAUGUACCUACGGCCGAGCCUACAGAACCGAAAAAACCGGAACGGAAAGGACCGAUCAAUACGGGUCGUGAACAGGGCGUGGGAAGCACGAUCAGUAACUUCAACAAGCAACCUCAAUCCCCGACUGAAACGGUUCCAGCACCACGGAAGGAUCCGAUUGUUCUGCCAAAGGAAGAACAACCGCAAUCAGUUCGAACAUCGGCCACCGUCGUUCAACCGGAUGUCAUUCCAACUACAGUUCAAAAGGAGGAAAUCGUGACUGUGCUGGAGGAGCAGGCUCCAGUGACGGUUAAAAGUCAACCGGUUGUUCCGGAGCCGAUGUCUGAGCCAGAGCCCCAACCAGUACCCGCUGUUACAUCUCCAGAGCCCGCGCAAGAACAACAGCAGGAAGAACCGGAAGAGUUCAUACUGUCUGCUGAUAAUCCAGGAAUACAGGCGCUUGCUCUGUACGACUAUCAGGCUGCUGCAGACGAUGAGAUAUCCUUCGAUCCGGAUGAUAGAAUUACACAUAUUGAAAUGAUCGACGAAGGGUGGUGGAGAGGACUCUGCAACAACCACUACGGUCUAUUUCCCGCAAACUACGUGCAACUGAUCCAGUAGAAAUCGACUUAGGUACACAAAAACGAUGAUUUUCCCGAAAUUGUUUCCCUAAACGAAAAGGUAUUCGUAUUAUUUACGUGGAGAUUUUUUUUAAUGUGUGCUUAGUGUAUCAACGAAAACAGAUUUUCUGUUGUGAAAUGUGCAAAAAUUAUACUAAUACAACCAUUUUAAUAGUUUCUUUUCAAUUGAGGCCCUCAGAAUCAGAGUGGGAUAAGAGCCCAAAUGAUAGUUUCGAGAAAACGUGAUUUAAAGUUGUCAAAGUGUUCGAUUUUUCAUAUAUUGUUUUUAAUUCGAGCAGUCUUAAUGAAAGUGUAGAAAAAAUGCACCAGAUGUAGAUAAGAUUGAUUGAUAAACUUACAUCAAAAUCAAUGAUUUUGGCACUUAUCUCCCUCUGACUCUGGAGGGCCUCAAUUCGUAUCGAUAAACGUUUGGUUGAAAUGCAUUUCCAUCUACGCAAGUAUGAAGGCGAGAAUCCGUAACAUUCCUUGCGAUUUAUUUAUCUUAGAUCAUUUUUUUUAAUUUACUCAACAACUUAUUCAUUUAUACCCUUUUCUAAGCAAAGAAAAAUGGUGCACGUUUGAAAAACAAAAGUACAGACAAUUUCAAAAAGCGAAAAACAAAUAAAAUAGAUAGUUAGCGGACGCAAAAUAUCGGAAUGUCUCAAUGUAAUUGUCCCUUUUAGACUAUGCUAAUAAAGUGCAAGCAUUGAACUCUUCCUAUUUUAACUGAUCGUUCAUCGUUUCUGAGGAAAAAUGAUCGCAUUUACCCCAUGAAAUUCCUAUAAAAAAUGGAAAAAAUGUAGUCUGGAAUUUUAAAUCUGAAAAAGGUAUAAAAUCGUUUAGCAAUAGAAUGACUUGAAAAACUUGAACAAAAUUUAAUUUAGUGAUAUUUCAGUAUCACCAAAAUGCAACAUUUCUUCCAACACUCAACCGUAAAACAAUUAUCAUUAAAGUUUAUAACUAAAGAGAACAAUCUAAAAAUAAUAAAACAAUAAUGUUUAUGAAAAUAUAUAA